GUGUCAGUAGAUCUGAUAACCUGCAAGAAUUUGACAGUUUUUGGUUUUGUUAUCCUCCAAAAUUAAAAAUUUGAUUAGUUAUUAUUCUAUUAUAAAUUAACUUAACACUACCCAAAUAACAUCUUUAUAGAUUAGUCUGCCAUCUAAGGUUUAAAUUGGUAUAUAAAUCAUAGAUUAUCAGCUAACACUUUAAAAAAAAAUCAGAGACCCUAAGCUCCUUUGAAGUAAAAUACCAAGUCUGUUAGUGAAGAGAGAUUUUAAUAUUUUAAUUAUAAAAUUAAACUUUGAUUAUCACCGUUUUUACAUGCCAUCUUCAAUGAUGUUGGUUUCUUAUUUACUCCUCAUAUGCAUUUUCCUAACCUCACAUUUCUGGGAAGUUUCAACUACUGGAAAAGUUAAAGAAGAAGAUGCCCUAAAACUGAAGCUGCCUCCUUGUAGAGCCUGUAAAACAUUAGUCGAGUCUUUCAAGAAGGGCUUAGAAAGAACUUCAAGAGGCUUUGAAGGUGGUGAUACAGCAUGGGAAGAGAAAAAUUUGGGUAGCUAUGCCACUAGUGAGGUGAGGUUGGUAGAGAUUCAUGAGAAAUUAUGUACCAACAUUGUUGAGGGUCGAGAUCAGUGCUAUGCCCUCUUGGAAGAAUAUGAUGAGAUUCUAGAACAAUGGUGGUUUAAAAAACAAACGGAUUAUCCCGACCUUCAGACCUACCUGUGCAUUGACCAAAUGCAAGCCUGUUGCCCCGCAGGUCACUUUGGCAAGGACUGUACUCCUUGUGAAGGCUUCCCAGAUCACAUCUGUUUUAACAAUGGCAAAUGUAAGGGCGACGGAACUCGAAAGGGCACUGGGAAAUGCCAGUGUGACCAAGGAUAUACUGGUGAAAAAUGUGACAGUUGCAUUGAAGGAUUUUAUGAAUCAUACAGAGAUGCCAAUAAGGUUUUGUGCACUAUAUGUCAUGCCUCAUGUGACGGAGGUUGCAUUAAGGCAGGACCUGAUGGAUGCAUUAAGUGCAAGAUUGGGUUUAUGCAAAAUAAGGACAGGGCAUGUCGGGAUGUCAAUGAGUGUAUAAUGGGAAAAGACACUUGUAAGUCGACCGAGUUCUGUGUUAACACUGAAGGGAGCUACAAGUGCAUGAAAUGUCAUGACUCAUGUCUGAGUUGCAAGGGAGAUGCUCCAGAUGAAUGUAUUGAGUGUGCAGAGGGGUAUAGGAGGAAAGGCAAUCUUUGUGUUCAUAUCGAAGGUGAAGACCGCCAAAACUACAUUUCAACCACUAGGUACAUCACUUAUUUCGGCCUCUGUGUGUGUACCUGUAUUAUUUUCCAGAAAAAUACUUACCUUGCAGCUAUUGUAGGCAUAUUUGUCGCUGUAUAUAUAACUUUGUCUGAAUAUUUUGUCAACUCACCCGGUUUUCCUGUGGAUGAAUUAAAAGAUCAGCUGAACGAGCAGCUGCAAAAAGCUUUUGGUCGGCAUUAAGUGAUCGAAUAUGAUGACGAAAUAAAAUGACGAAGUAAUGUGUGAUGUUAGGUGCAAUUAUCAGGGUUUAAAAACACUUGUUUUUCGAUAUAGGGAAAUUUAACCCAGGCAUGACUCUAGUCCUUAAGUGUAAACAAUACUAUAUUUAAAUUUAAAAAAAUACAAAUUUGAAAAGUAUGUAAAUAUAUUUUUAGUUUAAUUCCCUAUAAGGAAUUUCACGUGACAGGUGUAUUAUAUUUUAAUUUUGCACGUUACUAGUCGAUAGGAAGCAAUAUACAGGGGUUAAUAUAAAGUAAGUGUUUUGUCAGUAUAUUCAUGUGAUAUUUUUUGUUAACUAGUUUUUUCUUAAUUUAUUGUAUAAUAAAUGUGUUUUUGUUUCCUGA